UCUGUGAGGGCAGCUCCCAAGUGUCUAGGCACUCUUAAGCACCUCCACUGGUUUAUGAGCCAGACUUUGCCCCAUCAGUUCAGUUCAGUCUUUGAAAGUCCUCCUCCCUGGACCCUGCUCCAGACACUUUGAAUCCAGGAGAGAAAGAUGUGUCAAGCCUGCCUGGAGAACAGCAUCUGCUUCUAGCCAAGAUCUCUCAUCACAAACAAAAGACCAACUACCAAGCUUCAAUAACAAAAAUGAAGCCCACCCCCUGUGAUUCCUCCUGAGAUCCUAACCAGGAUUUGGAAAACACCCAUAUAUGGUCAAAGAACCAUCUAGUGUUUUGUACCAAACCAGGAUAAACAAGACAUUCCAAUAUAAGGCACCCAGCACUGCCCCCUCGUCCAUUCACCCCACCCCAGUAACACCAGCCAAAUUGGAAUCUUGGACUUAAUUUAUGAGAAAGGCUCUGUAACCCAGGAUACUGACUGAACAAGGCUGGCUGUCUCUCGCUGGGGUCUGCAAUGCAGCAUCACUAGGCUGCUGACAUGAAUAUGGAAAGAUUUACUCUAGCAAAGCUAUUCAUUUGCCUGUUUCCCAGAGUUAUGUGGGCCAUGAAACCAGGCCAUCUCUUCUGGGCUCUGUUGUUUCUGCAACCUUUGUGGCCCCGACUGACUGAUGGGGCCACUCGAGUCUACUACUUGGGCAUCCUGGAUGUGCAGUGGAACUAUGCUCCCAAGGGAAGGAAUGUCAUCAUGAACCAGCCUCUGGACAAUGAUACAGUAGCUUCCAGCUUCUUAAAAUCUGACAAGAACCGGAUAGGGAGCAGCUACAAGAAGACCAUCUACAAGGAAUACAGAGAUAGCUCUUAUGUGGAUGAAAUAGCCCAGCCUACUUGGCUGGGCUUCUUGGGGCCAGUGUUGCAGGCUGAGGUGGGAGAUGUCAUCCUUAUCCACCUGAAGAAUUUUGCCACUCGUCCUUACACAAUCCACCCCCAUGGUGUUUUCUAUGAGAAGGACUCAGAAGGCUCCCUAUACCCAGAUGGCUCUUCCGGUCAGCUAAAAGCUGAUGACUUUGUUCCCCCGGGAGGCAGCCACAUUUACAACUGGACCAUUCCAGAAGGCCACGCACCCACUGAUGCUGACCCAGCAUGCCUCACCUGGAUCUACCAUUCUCAUGUAGAUGCUCCACGAGACAUUGCUACUGGUCUCAUUGGACCCCUUAUCACUUGUAAAAGAGGAACCCUGGAUGGGAAUUCCCCUCCUCAGCGGAAGGAUGUGGACAGUUAUUUCUUCCUGCUCUUCAGUGUGGUAGAUGAGAACCUUAGCUGGCAUAUUGAUGAGAACAUCGUCACUUACUGCUCAGACCCUGCCUCAGUAGACAAAGAAGAUGAGGCCUUUCAGGAAAGCAAUAGGAUGCAUGCAAUCAAUGGCUUUGUUUUUGGUAACUUACCAGAUCUAAGCAUGUGUGCACAGAAGCGUGUGGCCUGGCACUUGUUUGGCAUGGGCAAUGAAGUAGAUGUCCACACAGCUUUCUUCCAUGGACAAAUACUAACCAUCCGGGGCCACCGCACUGAUGUGGCUCACAUCUUUCCAGCCACCUUUGUGACUGCUGAGAUGGUGCCUCAGGAACCUGGCACCUGGUUGAUUAGCUGUCAAGUGAAUAGUCACUUGCGAGAUGGCAUGCAAGCACUCUACCAGGUCAAGUCUUGCUCCAUGACUCCUCCCAUGAACCAACUCACAGGCAAAGUCCGGCAGUACUUCAUUGAGGCCCGUGAGAUUCUAUGGGACUAUGGCCCGAUGGGGCAUGAUGGGAGUACUGGGAAGAAUUUGAAGGAGCCAGGCAGUGGCUCAGAUAAAUUCUUCCAGAAGAGCUCCAGUCGAAUUGGGGGCACUUACUGGAAAGUCCGAUAUGAAGCCUUCCAAGAUGAGACAUUCCAGGAAAAGGUGCAGAUAGAGGAAAAUACGCAUCUUGGAAUCCUGGGACCAGUGAUCCGGGCUGAGGUGGGUGACACCAUCCAGGUGAUCUUUUACAACCGUGCUUCCCAGCCAUUCAGCAUACAGCCUCAUGGAGUCUUUUAUGAGAAAGAUUACGAAGGAACAGUGUACAAUAAUGGCUCAUCCAACCUUGGCUUGGUGGCCAAGCCCUUUGAGAAAGUAACAUAUCGCUGGACAGUCCCCUCUCACGCUGGCCCUGCUGCUCAGGAUCCUGCCUGUCUCACCUGGAUGUACUUCUCUGCUGCAGAUCCCAUAAGAGAUACGAAUUCCGGUCUGGUGGGGCCCCUAUUGGUGUGCAAGGCUGGUGCCUUGAAUGCAGAUGGUAAACAGAAAGGGGUGGAUAAGGAAUUUUUUCUCCUUUUCACUGUGUUGGAUGAGAACAAGAGCUGGUACAGCAAUGCCAAUCAAGCAACUGCUAUGUUGGAUUCCCGACUGCUCUCAGAGGAUGUCAAAGGCUUCCAAGACUCCAAUCGGAUGCAUGCCAUUAAUGGGUUUCUGUUCUCUAACCUGCCCAGGCUGGACAUGUGCAAGGGUGACACAGUGGCCUGGCACCUGCUUGGCUUGGGCACAGAGACUGAUGUGCAUGGGGUCGUGUUCCAGGGCAACACUGUGCAGCUUCAGGGCAUGAGGAAGAGUGCAGCCAUGCUCUUUCCUCAUACCUUUGUCAUGGCCAUCAUGCAGCCUGAAAACCCUGGGAUAUUUGAGAUUUACUGCCAGGCAGGCAGCCAUAGAGAAUCAGGGAUGAAGGCAAUCUAUAAUGUCUCCCAGUGUCCUGGCCACCAACCUGACUAUCAUCAUCGAUACCAGGCUGCAAGAAUCUACUACAUCAUGGCAGAAGAGGUGGAAUGGGACUAUUGCCCUGACAGGAGCUGGGAACUGGAAUGGCACAACCAGUCUGAGAAGGACAGUUAUGGUCACAUUUUCCUGAGCAACCAGGAUGGGCUCCUGGGUUCCAGAUACAAGAAAGCUGUAUUCAGAGAAUACACGGAUGGUACAUUCAAGAUCCCUCGUCCAAGGACUGGACCAGAGGAACACUUGGGAAUAUUAGGUCCACUUCUCAGAGGAGAGGUUGGUGAUAUUCUAACUGUGGUGUUCAAGAAUAAUGCCAGCCGCCCCUACUCUGUGCAUGCUCAUGGAGUGGUAGAAUCUAGCACUGGUUGGCCACUGGCUGCUGAUCCUGGUGAGGUUCUCACUUACCAAUGGAACAUCCCAGAAAGAUCUGGCCCAGGGCCUAAUGAUUCUGCUUGUGUUUCCUGGAUCUAUUAUUCUGCAGUGGAUCCCAUCAAGGACAUGUAUAGUGGUCUUGUUGGACCCUUGACCAUCUGCCGAAAGGGCAUCCUGGAACCUUAUGGAGGACGGAGUGACAUGGACAGAGAAUUUGCCUUGUUAUUCUUGAUCUUUGAUGAGAACCAGUCUUGGUAUCUAGAGGAAAAUGUAGCAACCCAUGGGGCCCAGGAGCGAGGCCGUGUUAACCUACAGAAUGAGACUUUUUUGGAGAGCAAUAAAAUGCAUGCCAUUAAUGGAAAGCUCUACAGCAACCUCAGGGGUCUUACCAUGUACCAAGGAGAACGAGUGGCAUGGUACAUGCUGGCCAUGGGCCAAGAUAUUGACCUACACACUAUCCACUUCCAUGCAGAGAGCUUCCUAUAUCGGAAUGGAGAGAGCUACCGUGCAGAUGUUGUAGAUCUGUUCCCAGGGACCUUUGAGGUUGUGGAGAUGGUAGCCAGCAACCCUGGGACAUGGCUGAUGCACUGCCACGUUUCUGACCAUGUCCAUGCUGGCAUGGAGACCCUUUUUACUGUCUUGUCCCAAAGAGAACACGUAAGCACUAUCACCACCAUCACCAAAGAGAUUGGAAAAGCAUCAAUCCUCAGAAACAUUGGAGAAGGCAAUGUGAGAGUGCUGGGCAUGCGGAUCCCUGUAAAGAAUAUUGAGAUACUGGCUUCUCUUUUAAUUGCCAUGAGUAUCAUUCUCCUCCUCAUUGCUCUAGCUCUUGGUGGUGUGAUCUGGUACCAGUAUCGACAGAGAAAGCUACGACGCAACAGGAGGUCCAUCCUGGAUGACAGCUUCAAGCUUCUGUCCCUCAAACAGUAGCAGUUGGGUCCUGCAACUGCACAUCUUGAAUGCAGUCCCAGCAGGUCAUGCUCUAGUAACUGACUCCACUGUCAAAGGGACAUGAGUGGUAGAGAGGCAAAGUAGGGAAAUAAACUCAUCUGGGAAUUUCUUCACUUAUUUAUUUACAUGGAAAUUAUGUACCUUCUCUUUUUCUUUAUCUUUUUUCUCCACUUGGGAAGCUGGGGCAAGAAAAUCCCAUAUUAUCUUAUAUCACAAAUUUCAACAGCUGGAUUAUAUCAACCACUGACACUUGGAAGAUCUGGAGAUUACUAAUAACCUAUUCUUCUUACAAAGUAGAUACCUAAGGUAAAAUCAAUUGAUUAGGUUUUUAUUGCUUUUUUAGAACCUAGGUAAGUGAGCUGUGAAGAUAAUCCACAUCUAAACUAAGGGCUAACAACAUGGGCAUGAUGGAGAAUGUGUGGGGUGGGAUUUGAAGAUCCAAAUUUUAUUUUGAUUCUCCUUGGAAAUAAACUAUUUUGGAAAAGAA